UUAAACCUUCUCACUCUCUCUUCUCAAAUGGAGGCUGGUGAUUUAACGAAACUCUCUCUUCUCCGACGUAGAAACGGCUCCGUUUCACAAACUCUAGACUUGGAGCUCCUCUCUGUCAACAAAUCUUCUGAUGAUCUUCUUCUACGUUACACCUCCCUAAGAGACAUCCUCCCUUCCACCACAGCCACCGCUGAAUCCCCUGCCGUCUCUGUAGCGGCUCCCAUCAUCUCGAUCCGCAACCGCCUUGUAAAGCAAGCCGCUUGUGCCUACCUUCAGCCUGCUACUCCAACUCCUUCAUCUAACUCUUCGUUCUUCCGCCGUGUCUCUUCCUCUUUCCUCCGCAUCUUAUCCGCCUUAUUUGGUUCCAUCCUCCGCCUCUUCCCAUAACCCCCAAGAAUAUUCAGAGCUUAGUGAUAUAAGUAAACAGAGAGACUUGACAAACUAUUCCGAGACCAUCUCUGUUUUUUUUUCUCUCAAAAUAUUUUAUUUUAUUUCAAACAAAUCGUGAAUUGUUUUUUAUGUUCAUGUAAUACAUAUCAAUCUGAGCCCUGGAACUUGCGGGAUUAGCUUUGGCCCGAGUCUCCGUGAGCGAUGUUUACUCAGUUACUUUCGCCGAUUCUUGUAAGACGAUGGUGCCAAAGACCAGUUAAAUAGGAAAAAAAAGGAAAACAAGGCGCGGCCGUCAAAUUUUGUUUUAGUUGGAUAUUUAAUCAUUGUUAUGUAAUUUUUAGAUCUUUAAACACUGUUAUGUAAAAAAUUUAGAUGGUUGAGUGAUCAGGCAAUCCAAAAUAGUGUAGGUGUUUAAAACAUGUUUCGAUAAAAACAAAAAAAAUGAUCAACGUGAAAAAGAGAGGGAACAUUUGAUUAUUGAGCUUUUUAGACAUAUACGAUCGUGUAAGAAAUGUCAAUCUAAUUGUAAUUCUA